UAAAUAAACAUAAUUGUUUGAGUUUCUGACACGAAGUUCCGACAUCAGUUGAUCAUAGCCCAUCUUAAUAACCUAACCAUUUCUAUGGUCACUUCAUCAUGAAAAAUAUUCUUAUAGUAUUCACGAUUUUAAUUUUUUUUUCAUCUUUAACUUUUAGUCAGUUGUUUCACUUACCAUAUGCACAGUAUCAACAACAAGAAAUUCCUUUCAGAGAAAACAGUUUUAUAGGUAAUAGACCUAUAUUGAGUGAGUAUGAUUUUAUUGUCAUUGGAGCAGGUCCAGGGGGCUGUGUUGUCGCAAACCGUUUAUCUGAAGAGAAAAAUUGGACAGUACUAUUAUUAGAAGCAGGACAAGAUGAAUCUAUCUACACAGAUAUACCAGCAGCGGUACCAUUUUUAGAAACAACAGACUAUAAUUGGGGUUAUAUUGCUCAACCUUCAAAAAAUGGUUGUUUUGGUUUUAAAAAUAAUCGUUGUCCAUGGCCAAAAGGAAAAGGCAUGGGAGGAUCAUCAAUUAUAAAUGCCAUGAUUUAUACAAGAGGAAAAAGAGAAGAUUACGAUACAAUUGCAGCACUAGGAAAUGAUGGUUGGGCUUACGAUGAUGUAUUGCCUUAUUUUUUAAAAUCUGAAAACAAUUCUAUACCAGAAUACCAAAAUUCACCGUUCCAUUCACAAAAAGGAAAUCUACACGUUGAACGAGUAAGAUACCAUUCACCACGUGUUGACAAAUUUAUAGAAGCUGGAGGAGAAUUAGGACUAAAAAAAAAUAUUGACUAUACAAUUGAUCCGGAGCAUGGAGUAUCUCGCUUUCAACUUACAACACUAUUUGGACACAGAGUAAGUGCGUCCAAAGCCUUUAUUCGUCCAGCCAGAAAUCGUCAAAAUCUUCAUGUGGCUAUAUACAGUCAAGUAACAAGAAUAAUUAUUGAUCCAAAAACUAAGAAAGCAAUUGGAGUGGAGUUUAUUAAAAAGGGAAAAACUAGAACAGUAUAUUCUAAAAAAGAAGUAAUUUUAUCUGCUGGACCCAUAAAUUCACCACAAUUACUAAUGUUGUCAGGUAUUGGACCAAAAGAGCACUUAAAGCAUCAUGGUAUACCAGUUAUCCAAGAUUUACCAGUUGGAAAAACUUUACUUGAUCAUUAUGGCACAUUGGCUAUAAAAUUUGAAAUAAAUCAAACUGGACCAGUACUGACGAAAGAAACAUUAUCAGACAAGCAUUUAUUUGAAGAAUGGUACAAAUAUGGUCGAGGACCAUUAACAGCACCAGCAGGAGCGGAUGGCUUAGGUUAUAUAAGGACACCAACUGGCAAAGGGAUUGAAUUGAUAUUUAUUCCCAUAUCAGAUGAACCAAAUGCGUUUUUAAUCGCUACUCUGAUGUUACAACCAGACGCUCGUGGAAGUGUAACUUUGAAAAGCAAAAACCCAUUAGAUCCACCCCUUAUGUCCUACGGUUAUUAUGAUAACAAUACUACUGAUUUAGAAGACAAUGUUUUUGCACUUAAAUACGCAGUGAAAUUAGUAGAAGAAACACAGACUUUUAAAGGUAUAGCAGGAAAACUAAGCCCAAAACCGUACCCAAAAUGUGAAAACCUACCAUUUAAAUCAGACGAUUAUUGGGCUUGUCUAUCAAAACACCAGACAAAUACCUGGCAUCAUCAAUGUAGUACCUGCAGGAUGGGGGAUGUUGUCAAUAACAAGUUACAAGUGAUCGGAAUUCAAGGUUUAAGAGUAGUGGACUCUUCAGUAUUUCCGCAUAUUCCGCAUGGACAUACUUAUGCUCCAACUUUAAUGGUUGGUGAAAAAGGAGCUGAUAUGAUUCGAAACUUUUGGUCAAAAUAAUUUAUUAAUUAUUUGUAUAAAGUAUUUAUUUGAACUCAAAACAAUAAUUAUUUAUUUUAUAUUCUUUAUUUAUUCUCAUGUAUAUUUGAAAAGUAAUAAUAGUGUUUUAUGAAAAAAAUAUAAUACAAUUUAGUAAUAUGUAAAUAAUUGUAAUCUAGUUCUGUAUUUUACACAGAAAUCAAUUUAAAUAAAAGAGGAGAAGUUAUUUAAGUAAGUAACCACUCUACGUUUUCCUAGAAGUCGAGAUUACUUCGUCAUUGGUCACUAUAAUAUUAAAUUUGAAUUCAAUAAUAAAUUAUUAUAAAUGAAAAA